CACAUUGUUAACCUGGAGAACUUUUUUCUAAUAGAAUCUUGUUCUCUUUUUCCAGCAUUACAGUGUUUCUGCCACCUUUGUACAAAAGAUAAUUUUACGUGUGUGACAGAUGGGCUCUGCUUUGUCUCUGUCACAGAGACCACAGACAAAGUUAUACACAAUAGCAUGUGUAUAGCUGAAAUUGACCUAAUUCCUCGAGACAGACCAUUUGUAUGUGCACCGUCUUCAAAAACUGGGUCUGUUACUACAACCUAUUGCUGCAACCAGGACCAUUGCAAUAAAAUAGAACUCCCAACUGUUGGAAAGCCAUCAUCUGGCCUUGGCCCCGUCGAAUUGGCAGCUGUCAUUGCUGGACCAGUCUGCUUUGUCUGCAUCUCGCUCAUGUUGAUGGUUUAUAUCUGCCAUAACCGUACUGUCAUUCACCAUCGAGUGCCAAAUGAAGAGGAUCCUUCCUUAGAUCGUCCUUUUAUUUCAGAGGGCACUACAUUAAAAGAUUUAAUUUAUGAUAUGACGACAUCAGGUUCUGGAUCAGGUUUACCAUUGCUUGUUCAGAGAACAAUUGCAAGAACUAUUGUGUUACAAGAAAGUAUUGGCAAAGGUCGAUUUGGAGAAGUUUGGCGAGGAAAGUGGAGAGGAGAAGAAGUUGCUGUUAAAAUAUUCUCCUCUAGAGAAGAGCGCUCAUGGUUCCGUGAGGCAGAGAUUUAUCAGACCGUAAUGUUACGUCAUGAAAACAUCUUGGGAUUUAUAGCAGCAGACAAUAAAGACAAUGGUACAUGGACUCAGCUCUGGUUGGUGUCAGAUUAUCAUGAGCAUGGAUCCCUUUUUGAUUAUUUGAACAGAUACACAGUUACUGUGGAAGGAAUGAUAAAACUCGCUUUGUCCACAGCAAGUGGACUUGCCCAUCUCCACAUGGAGAUCGUUGGUACCCAAGGGAAACCAGCCAUUGCUCAUAGAGAUUUGAAAUCCAAGAAUAUCUUGGUAAAGAAGAAUGGAACUUGCUGUAUUGCAGACUUAGGACUGGCAGUGAGACACGAUUCGGCCACAGAUACGAUUGAUAUUGCUCCAAAUCACAGAGUGGGAACAAAAAGGUACAUGGCCCCUGAAGUUCUAGAUGAUUCCAUAAAUAUGAAACACUUUGAAUCCUUCAAACGUGCCGACAUCUAUGCAAUGGGCUUAGUAUUCUGGGAAAUAGCUCGACGAUGUUCCAUUGGUGGAAUUCAUGAAGAUUACCAGCUGCCUUAUUAUGAUCUUGUACCUUCUGAUCCGUCAGUUGAAGAAAUGAGAAAAGUUGUUUGUGAACAGAAGUUAAGGCCAAAUAUUCCAAACAGAUGGCAGAGUUGUGAAGCCCUGAGGGUAAUGGCUAAAAUUAUGAGAGAAUGUUGGUAUGCCAACGGAGCAGCGAGGCUUACGGCUUUGCGGAUUAAGAAAACAUUGUCACAACUCAGUCAACAGGAAGGCAUCAAAAUGUAGUUCUGCAGCUUUGCCUGAACUCUACUUUUCCUUCAGAUCUGCUCCUGGGUUUUAAUUUGGGAGGUCAAUUGUUCUACCUCACUGAGAGGGAAUAGAAGGAUGUUGCUUCCUUUUGCAACAGUGUAAUAAGGUCAACGAGAAACUCCCCAGGAUUUCUUUGGACCCAGGAAACAGCAGUGUGGGUCCUUUCUGUGCACUAUGAACACUUCUUUCCCAGGACAGUUACAAAAUGUUGUGUAGUCUACCUUUAUUUUUUAUUAACACAAAACUUGGGUUUUUUUUUUUUUUUUUUUUUUUUUUUA